AAGGUUAGGGAGGCGGGGCCGCGCAUGCGUCUUGAGAGGCGGUAGCGGCGGCGGUGGCGGCGGCAGAGGCGGCGGUAGCGGCGGCAGCUGUGAGGGGGUUCCGGGAAGAUGGUGCUGAUUAAGGAAUUCCGUGUGGUUUUGCCAUGUUCUGUACAGGAGUAUCAGGUUGGGCAGCUGUACUCUGUUGCAGAAGCUAGUAAGAAUGAGACUGGUGGAGGAGAAGGAAUCGAAGUCUUGAAGAACGAGCCUUAUGAGAAGGAUGGAGAAAAGGGACAGUAUACACACAAAAUCUAUCACCUGAAAAGCAAAGUUCCUACAUUCGUGAGGAUGAUUGCUCCCGAGGGCUCCUUGGUGUUUCACGAGAAAGCCUGGAACGCCUACCCCUACUGUAGAACAAUUGUAACGAAUGAAUACAUGAAAGAUGAUUUCUUCAUUAAAAUUGAGACAUGGCACAAACCAGACUUGGGAACAUUAGAAAACGUACACAGUUUGGAUCCAAACACAUGGAAAACUGUUGAAAUUGUCCACAUAGAUAUUGCAGAUCGAAGUCAGGUUGAACCAGCAGACUACAAAGCUGAUGAAGACCCAGCCUUGUUCCAGUCAGUCAAGACCAAGAGAGGCCCUCUGGGGCCCAACUGGAAGAAGGAGCUGGCAGACAACCCUGACUGCCCUCGGAUGUGUGCCUACAAGCUGGUGACCAUCAAGUUCAAGUGGUGGGGCUUGCAGAGCAAAGUAGAGAACUUCAUUCAGAAGCAAGAAAAAAGGAUAUUUACAAACUUUCAUCGCCAGCUCUUUUGUUGGAUUGACAAGUGGAUUGAUCUGACAAUGGAAGACAUUAGGAGAAUGGAAGACGAGACUCAGAAAGAACUAGAAACAAUGCGUAAGAAGGGUACCGUCCGAGGCACGUCGGCUGCUGAUGUCUAGAUGAGUCCCCUGUAGGGUCAGAGACAAUAUCAAACUGUUUACGUAAUCAAGGUCAAGUGAGGGGAACAAGUGCAGCCAGUGACGAGUGACGACGAAUCUGACCAGUGUCUUGCAGUGUUGAAGUUUCCGACGUGUGCUGUGGUGACACACACCUGCACAGGUUCCCAGCCACGUGUGUGUGUGUGUGUCUGCAGCUGUAGGUGGGAGGCAUGGAGCUACAGCUGCAGAUGCACACACGCGUGUACAUAUGUACAUACAGACAUACUGGAGGGAUCAGUACGACUUCUCCAAAGUACUGUACCUGUCUUCAGCAAGAAUGCAAAAGAAAAUAUUUUCAAUAUAUAUACCUGGAACAGAUUUUAAUAAUUAUCAGAGUAAUACCAUUAAUGGACAAAUUGACUGCGAUGUGAUACUAGCUGGUAUGUUUCAUAAAUGUCAAGCUGUGGACCAAUAUAUAUAGCCUUUUGUUAUUUUUCUGUUCUUUUAAAUCAGUCUCUUAUAAAUUUUAAUUUUAGUCCCAUAAGCAACAGACUCCCACAGAAAGAUUUCUUCAAAAAUUUUUGGUACUCCCAUGAAUCUGGAAUGUAAACUCUGAAUGUAUUUAUAACUAUUUAUUUCUGGAUGGUCAUUAUCUUCCAGCCAAAUUUGAUGAUAUCUAUUAAAUAAGGAGUAAAGUUACAGGCUGGUUUUUACUAGUUUGAGGGGAAAGUCCUUUUAAAAAAUUUUUCUGGUUUUUAUUGGAGUUUUGUAUUUUAAAUUUCAAGUAUUUUUCUACAUCAAACCUAGAAAAACGGAGAUGAUGGUUUGUGAUUUAUAAUAAACACUAGAAAAUUUCAGGUUCUCGUUAGGUAAACAGAUGGAUGCGAAUCAGUCUUAAGGGUGCCGUGGGCGCGAGCCUCCUUUCCGACGCGGCUGUCCUCUGCAGUCACAGUGUGGACGCUCGGCAGGAGGGACGGGAGCGGUGACAGCUGAGCUUGGGGGCGCCGCCCGCCCGUGGGGAGGACAGUGCAGUGCGGCUCAGGCUCGCUGCGCACGCUCGGCAGGCCCUGCGGACGGGUGGCCCGACUCUGGGUCUGCUCUCAAGUGGGACCCCCAACGACAUUCCCUGAGUAGGCAUCAGGAAAGUGCUGGUUCGAAGUCACUGCCACCUUUUCUUGUUCUUCUGUGUUUGAGAAGGAGCCGUAGCCAGGUAGAUGUUUAUCAGCUUUCUCCGCCUGGAUGCAGUUCUCCUGUCAGUCCCGGGAGCCUGAGCGGAGUGACAUUGUUGAGGCCUUGGGGCAGCAAACUGUCGUCUUUAACCUCCCGCUGCUCCUAAAACACACCAGCCCCUGCAGUCACACCCGUCAGGCAUCUGCUUUGCUGAGGUCCUGCCCUCCUCGCUCUGCGCUUGCAUGUGUCCUGCGUCCCGGCUGGAGGCUGCAGCUUUGGGUGGUGCGGACCACUGCCGCGCUGAGAGCCCUGGUCCCAGCAACCCCCGCGUGUCUCACGCCCCAUGUGUCUCACGUCCCGUGUGCUCAUGGUGGAGACGGCUGCUCACUCCCCGGGCACUGUGGGGAGCGAGGUGUGGGGCGAUCCUUGUCUGCAGAGUGCCAGGCGAAAGAGGAUGCUCGUUCGUGGAGCGGGAGUCCGGCCCUCCGUUCGUGGACCCACCCUUGCUGGCGUCUCUAGUCUCCCGGGAGCUCGCGCACACGCGGAAGCCAGAGUCCGGCGCGCAGGUUUUGAUGUUUUUCUAACAACUGUGGAGAUUUGAGGGGAUGUGUGGUGAAUGUAAAAUACCUAGUUGACUUGGCAGUCUCUUGUGUAAAUUACAGUAAAACAAAGUAAAUGAGAUUUAAACAAAAAUAAAUUUGAUCACAAAAUGCCA